UCAGCUCUGUCCCUUCCAUCCACACUGUGUUCUCCUCUCUCUGUGUGUCGCUAGUGAGGAAACUGUGGUCAUUUCAGCCAGUCAUUUAGAGGCAGCAGCCUGUCUCUCUCUUUCAAUCACUCCCUCGCUCACUCUCACACUCACCACCAUGCAUUCCUUCUCGGCUCCUCACUCCCCCUCUCAUUGUACGCCUGUCCUUUCCUUCCAGAAGAGAGGGAUCAUGCUUCGUCCUUUUCCCUCCUCCUCCUUCUCCUCCUCCUCUUCUUCACUUCCUCACUAUCAUUCUGGGGUCUCUGUAUCAAACGGAGCACGUUUUCCUUCUGAGCAGAGCAUUGGAAGCUGUCCCUCUCUUCUCGGCACGGGGGACUUUUAGAAGCGGGAUUUCCUGGGCUAGAAAGCCUGCACAUCAGCUCUCUACACUACCAGAGGUCCUGGUGGGAUGCAAGUCUUAGUGGGACUCCUGCUUUCCUCACGGGACAGCUCGCUUCUCCUCGAAGUUGAAGGACAAUCCAAGAAUCUCUUCAUUCUUUUAAUCUCCGAACGCUGUAGAUAUCUGGCUCGGUGUAAGAAUGUUUUUCUCCGCAUGUGGCAGUGUGUAGAUUUGGAAGACUGAAGAUUUAGGUCUGUGUGUGAGAGAGCGAAAGUGUUUGUGUUGGUCUGUUAAGAUCUGGUUGCGAGUGUGUACGAGAUUCUGUGUGUGAGCGAGUCUGUGUGUGGCUGUGUGUGUUGCUCUGUAUGCAGUGCAGUCCGCUCCCACUCCUGGUUCUUGACUGGAGGGUUUAGCCGACGCUGGAGGGUGAAGGAGACCCCUCCACUGCAGUCCCCUGCUCCCGGAGAACCUCCUCCGUGACACAGACUAGCCCGAGAAGAGGAGGGAAGAGAAAGAGAAGGGAGAGAGAGCCAGGUAUAACAAACAGAAGAGAAAGAGGUAGAAUGAGAGGGGACUUUUCGACAAAACAGUGAAGUGCAUGACCACUAAAGGAGACAAAAACCACUUCAGGAGAGACAAAGACACUACAGACACAUACAACCCAGUGAAGACUGGAGCAAGGCUGGCAAGCAGCCCCAGCAGCCCACCACCACCACCGACAGUACAGCCACCACCAUGCAGGUGUCGUUUGCAUGUUCGGACCAGGACGGAGGAAGAGGAGGGCUGAGGCCCCCGGGGAAUGGAGGGCACAGCAAGCAGAAUGCCACCAGUGCAAACACAGCCAGCCAGGCGCGGGCACGCUUCCGUACGGUGGCCCUCAUCGCCCGCAGCCUGGGCUCCUUUACCAACCGCUACCACCACAACCUUAAGGAAUCCACCGCCAAGCUCACUGGCAUGAAGUACCGGAACCUGGGGAAAUCAGGCCUGCGUGUCUCCUGUUUGGGCCUCGGUACUUGGGUAACGUUUGGAGGUCAGAUUUCAGAUGAGGUGGCUGAGCAGCUGAUGACCAUCGCCUACGAGAACGGGGUCAAUCUCUUCGACACAGCCGAAGUUUACGCUGGGGGGAAAGCCGAGAUAAUCCUGGGGAACAUCAUCAAGAAAAAGUGCUGGAGGAGGUCGAGUCUGGUGAUCACCACCAAGCUCUACUGGGGAGGGAAAGCGGAGACAGAGAGAGGACUCAACAGAAAGCACAUAAUUGAAGGUCUGAGGAGCUCUCUACAGAGGAUGCAGCUGGAGUAUGUGGAUGUGGUGUUUGCCAACCGGCCCGACAGCAACACCCCCAUGGAGGAGAUCGUGAGGGUGAUGACCCAUGUGAUCAACCAGGGUAUGUCCAUGUACUGGGGAACAUCACGGUGGUCUGCCAUGGAGAUCAUGGAGGCGUACUCUGUGGCUAGGCAGUUUAACCUGAUCCCUCCGGUGUGUGAGCAGGCCGAGUAUCAUUUCUUCCAGAGGGACAAGGUGGAGACACAGCUGCCUGAGCUCUACCACAAGAUAGGUGUGGGUGUGGUAUCCUGGUCGCCUCUAGCCUGUGGAAUCAUCACUGGGAAGUAUGAGAAUGGUAUCCCAGAAUGCUCCAGGGCCUCCAUGAAGCCGUAUGCCUGGUUGAAGGAGAAGAUAGUGAGUGAGGACGGGAGGAAACAACAGGCCAAGCUGAAGGAGCUGACUACCAUCUCUGAGAAGCUGGGUUGCACUCUGCCACAACUAGCCAUCGCCUGGUGCCUGAGGAAUGAAGGAGUGAGCUCAGUGUUGCUGGGAACAUCCAACCCCAUCCAGCUUGCAGAGAACCUGAGGGCCAUGGAGGUCAUUCCAAAGAUGACAGCAGGCAUUGUCACAGAGAUUGACCACGUCUUGGGAAACCGACCGCACAGUAAGAAGGACUUUCAUCAAGCACAUUAGGAUAGAACCAUUUUACAGAACUGUGAUUGAUAGGCCUAAUCUGGACAAGUUCUCAUCAAUGGCACCUCCAGUGUGUGCCCAACCCUGUUCUUGUGUAUGUGUGUGUGUUCUGCACAGCUCCUCCUCCUGCCUCAUCUGUAUGAAGAACAAUCUGUACUCAAUGUUGUUAACUGAGAGCUCUACUUGACAAAGCAUGCAUGCCACAGCUCUGCUACAGUGCAGACAGUUUAAACUUGCCUAAACAAUCAUCGUUAUCAAGAUGUGCUCAUAAAAAAAAAUCACACAAUUUCUUGAAUGGGGUCCAUCUGUUUGUAAAAGUAGUCUUUCUCUUGAUUUGAGAGCAACUUCCUCUGUCUUUGUAACGUCAGAGGAUAGUGUAUAGUGCAUUUCAAACAAUGAUUCAUCCUCAGAGACACCAAUGAGCUUUAAAAGCAUGUCUGCAAUACAUUUUUAGACAGGCAUGGAUCAGGGGAGGUUAAUCAUAAUCCCAAGCCACGAAAUAUCCCUUUGAGUAUGGUCAAGUAUGGUAAUUCAUCUCUGGAUGGUGUAUCAUAUCACCCAGACACUGCAAAGAUCUGGCCACCCUUCCUAAAUGUGCUGUGGCCGAGAAUGGAAAACUGCUCAGGGAUAUCACUAUGAGACUAAAAGACGUACAUGGAUCAACAACAUCACAUUCACUCCAUAUUACUGGCAUGUCUGACAAAGUAAAAAGAAGGAAGCCUGUGCUAAAACAUCCAUUCUAAAUCAUCCAUCCAAUUUGCAACAAGGCCAUUAAGUAAUACUGCAAUACAUCAUGGCAAAGAAAUUCACUUUUUGGCCUAAAUAAGAAAACGUUUGGGGCAAAUCCAACGCGACACAUCACAGAGUAAAAACCUCUGUAUUUCCAAGUAUUGUAGUGGCAGUAUCAUGUUAUGGGUAUGCAUGUCACCGGCAAUAUCUGGGGAGUUUGUCCAGAUCAAUAUAAAUGGAGCAAAGGAAAUCUAAAAUUUUACAGGAAAACAUGCCUCAUUCCUCUGAAGACCUAACACUAGGAUAUAAUUGUAUUCUUCAGAAGGAAAUUUAUAUGAAUUUUAAGGCCAAAAACACUCCAGAAUGGCUUUCGAAUAGAUGUUUAGUGUUCCUUAGUGGUCCAGUCUCAGUCCUGACUUGGCCUAAAUCUGCUUUAAAAUCAGAGACAAGAUUUGAAUAUUGCUAAUACAUCAAUAAUUCCCAACCAAGUUGACUGAGCUUGAGCAAUUUUGACAAACACAAUGUAUAUACGUUGCCCUAAAACUUGUACAAAGUUGGUGGAAUCUUAUUCAAAAUGAGUCAUAGCAGUAACUGCUGCCAAUAGUGCAUCCACCAAGAGCUAUGCAAUCAAGGUAUCUUUGCUUCUUAUUUUUUAAUCCAUUUAGACAUUUUCUAUGCAUCUCCUUUCACUUUGAAAAUGUGUGUAGAUUGUCUAGAUCAGCAGGAAAACAAAAAUCCUAUUUAAUCCCGUUUCAGAUUUAAAUUCAAGGCAGCAAAAUCUGAAGACUGUACAAGCGGUGCGUAGGUUUUUACUAGGCACUGUACAUGACUUAAGUGACAACGCGUGCCAAUAUAUCCUCCAAACACCGGCUUCGAGGACAUUAUCACUAUUAUCACAUAUUCCAGUAAUGAUUGACAUAUUUUCAUAAAAAAAUAUAUUUUUAACAUCAUUGAUUUAGUUGGUGGUAACUUGUGGAAUAGACACUGGCUGGAAUGCGGUUUUAACCAAUCAGCAUUCAGGAUUAGACCCACCCAUUGUAUAAAUGUCAACAUUCUAUGGCAGCCAUGUUAGCACCUCAUUAACAUUGCAUGGGGAAUAUUUAAAUUAACUGAAUGUCUAGAGUUACAACAAUAUUCAAAAAAGUGUCCUAACUCUCUAUAUACAGUGGCAAGAAAAAGUAUGUGAACACUUUGGAAUGACCUGUAUUUCUGCAUAAAUUUGUCAUAAAAUUUGAUCUGAGCUUCAUUUAGGUCACAACAAUAGACAAACACUGUUUACUUAAACUAAUAACACACAAACAAUUAUACUUUUUCAUAUCUUUAUUGAACAAACUGUGUAAACGUUCACAGUGCAGGGUGGGAAAAGUAUGUGAAUCCUUGGAUUUAAUAACUGGUUGACCCUCCUUUGGCAGCAAUAACCUCAACCAAACGUUUUCCGUAGUUGCGGAUCAGAGCUGCACAACGGUCAGGAGGAAUUAUGGACUAUUCCUCUUUACAAAACUGUUUCAGUGUCUGGUGUGAACUGCUCUCGAGGUCAUACCACAGCAUCUCAAUGGGGUUGAGGUCAGGACUCUGACUGGGCCACUCUAGAAGGCGUAUUUUCUUCUGUUGAAGCCAUUCUGUUGUUGAUUUACUUCUGUGUUUUGGGUCAUUGUCCUGUUGCAUCACCCAACUUCUGUCGAGCUCCAAUUGCGGACAGAUAGCCUAACAUUCUCCUGCAAAAUGUCUUGAUAAACUUGGGAAUUCACUUUUCUGUUGAUGAUAGCAAGCUGUCCAGGCCCUGAGGCAGCAAAGCAGCCCCAAACCAUGAUUCUCCCUCCACCAUACUUUACAGUGGGGAUGAGGUUUUGAUGUUGGUGUGCUGUGCCUUUUUUUCUUCACACAUACUGUUGUGUGUUCCUUCCAAACAACUCAACUGUAGUUUAAUCUGUUCACAGAAUAUUUUGCUGGUAGCGCUGUGAAACAGCCAGGUGCACCUUUGCAAUCUUCAGACGUGCAGCAACGUUUUUUUGGACAGCAGUGCCUUCUUCCGUGGUGUCCUCCCAUGAACACCAUUCUUGUUUAGUAUUUUACGUAUCGUAAACUCGUCAACAGAGAUGUUAGUAUGUUCCAGAGUUUUCUGUAAGUCUUUAGCUGACAGUCUAGGAUUCUUCUUAACCUCAUUGAGCAUUCUGCGCUGUGCUCUUGCAGUCAUCUUUGCAGGACGGCAUCUCCUAGGGAGUAGCAACAGUGAUUAACUUUUUCUCCAUUUAUAGACAAUUUGUCUUACCAUGGACUGAUGAACAUCAAGGCUUUUAGAGGUACUUUUGUUACCCUUUCCAGCUUAAUCGUAGGUCUUCUGAGAUCUCUUUUGUUCGAGGCAUGGUUCACCUCAGGCAAUGCUUCUUGUGAAUAGCAAACCCACAUUUUGUGAGUCUUUUUUAUUGGGUAAGGCAGCUCUAACCAACAUCCCCAAUCUCUUCUCAUUGAUUAUACUCCAGGUUCGCUGACUCCUGACUCCAAUUAGCUUUUGGUUGGCCUAGGGGUUCACAUACUUUUUCCAACCUAUACUGUGAAUGUUUAAAUGAUGUAUUCAAUAUAGAGAAGAAAAUUAUAAUAAUUUGUGUUUUAUUAGUUUGUCUAUUGUUGUGACAAAUUUGCUGACCAAUUUAUACAGAAAUCCAGGUAAUUCCAAAGGGUUCACAUACUUUGUCUUGCCACUGUACAUGGCUCUGGGUACACCCAGCUGUUCUGCAUUCUGUAGAAGCCAAAGUGAACCCUCUCUCUAUCCAUCCUGCUGACCUCUGUAGACUACAGUAGGACAUUUUGAGGAAAAACUAUUGGACAGAGGACUGUGUUCCUGUCUUCAGAGUGAUUGACAGUGGCAUGUGCGAAUGAUCUCUACUGUCCGUGAUGGUCAGUUAUGGCUGAGCCCUUCCUACCCUACGACCUGGGUGCUUACCUAGCCCUGCAUUGUUGUUGUGAUAAUGAACUCUUUGGUACAUGAUGAGAUCUUUCGUUUUUUUUUGCAUCAUGAUGCUAAAAUACCAACAGAGGUGUUGGGUUGAAUAUUUCAAAUUCAAAACAUUUGUAAUGACUGUUAACUCAUUUAAUUUUUUCAAUGCUGGACAGCAGAACACACUAUUGGAAUACUAUUUUCAUAGGAUCUUCCCAUUUCUCUGGAUCGUCUCUUCUGCUGACAGAUAUUGAACUCAUGUACGUAGUACAAAGCACGUACAGAAACAUUAAAACAUGUAUAUUAAUAUAUAUUUUAUUUUUUUUAACCCAUUUUUGUCCAUAAUUUCGAUCUUGUCAAAUCGCUGCAACUCCCCAGCCUGCUUGGGAGGCGAAGGUCGAGUCCUCCGAAACAUGACCCGCCAAACCACGAGAAGCAUUUUCAUUUUAUCCAAGUUAUUAGCUGUCCCCUUUAUCAUUGCAGCAGGGCUAAAACUGAAUACAAUGUCUGUUCAAAUGUAAAAUUGUAUAAUGAGAUUAUGUUAGUGGUUGAGUUUUGAGUCAAGACUGUAUUUGUUAUUGUUGUUGUUAAUUUGUACAUAUAUUAAUAAAUAUCCAGUGUGAACAAUGGUA